UCAUCGGACCUCAUCUCUCUCUCUCUUUCAGAUGGACGGGCCGAUGCGUGUGUUGGUGACGGGUGGCAGUGGGCUGGUGGGGCGAGCGAUAGAGCGAGUGGUGAAAGAGGGCGAAGGGAGAGAAGGAGAAGAAUGGAUAUUCCUCUCAUCCAAAGAUGCCAAUCUCAUGAGCGCUGAGGAGACGAGAUCAGUCUUCCAGAAGCAUCGUCCGACACACGUCAUUCAUUUGGCCGCCAUGGUGGGCGGGCUCUACAAAAACAUGAGACAGAACCUGGACUUCUGGAGGAAUAAUGUAUUUGUCAAUGACAACGUGCUGCAGACGGCUCAUGAGUUCGGGGUGGUGAAGGUCGUUUCUUGCCUGUCCACGUGUGUAUUCCCUGAUAAAACCACCUACCCGAUAGAUGAGACCAUGAUUCACAACGGUCCGCCACAUGAGUCUAAUUUCGGUUAUGCCUACGCCAAACGCAUGAUUGAUGUCCACAACAGGUCGUGUUUUGAGAAGUACGGUCGGAGAUACACAGCCGUCAUCCCCACCAAUGUGUUUGGACCCCAUGACAACUUUAACAUUGAGGACGGUCACGUGCUUCCAGGAUUGAUCCACAAGACUUACUUUGCAAAGAAGGAAGGUCAACCUCUGCAGGUCUGGGGUUCAGGUCGUCCUCUACGGCAGUUCAUCUACUCUCUGGAUCUGGCUCGUCUGUUUCUGUGGGUUUUGAGGGAGUAUAACGAGGUGGAGCCCAUCAUUCUGUCAGUCGGAGAGGAGGAUGAGUUGUCCAUAAAGGAUGCUGCGAACGCUGUGGUUGAAGCGAUGGGUUUUAAAGGUGACGUGAUUUAUGACACAAGUAAAGCAGACGGUCAAUUCAAGAAGACCGCCAGUAACGCCAAACUACGCAAAUACCUGCCAGACUUCAAGUUCACACCGUUCAAAGCAGCUAUGAAGGAGACGUGCGACUGGUUUGUGGCCAAUUAUGACAUCGCCCGCAAAUGAAGAUCUUCACAUCUCAUUGGCUGUGGAGACUGGAGAGUUUGAACUUUUCAGUGCUGGAAACCAAUGAUUGAUCAAAACAUUUCAGCAUCCCCUAAUAAUCGUUACGAAGACAAAUAAUACUGCAUUUUCAAACGUAUUUAUUAAAGGCUUUUAGUAUGAAUAUGUUAGCAUUACUUAGUGAGCUCCAAAACAAUGACAAAAUUCACAUAUUCGAAACUUAGUCUUUCACAUCUGCCAAAAAGUUUCAAUGAUUUUGAUGACAUCAUUCUGCACGUCAGCCUUAUCAGAUUUCCUGUCCAAUCAAAUGCUCUAGAAUCUGAACUCCGCCCCUUACAUUAUUAAUAGAUGCUGAAGCU